AUUUUGUGCUCAAUAAAGAUGAAAAUGUUGUUACUGGAAUGGUUAUAAAUAAAAUUUGUAUUUAUUAUUAUUUAUAAUUAUUGAAUUGGAGUUAUUACAUUUUAUGUUAUGUCAAUCGUAUUAUUUUUGGAAUGUUGCUAUUAAGUGUUAUUAAUGGCAAGUCUUUAUGAUAAACCACUAGCUUCAAAUGAUCGGGGCGGCGGUUUCAAUGGCGCAGAUAAUCGAAGUGAUUGGUGGUUAAUAACAUGGUUCUCAUCAUCUCGUUUAUUUAAUCUUAGUUUACCCUCUUUUAAAAUUAAAGAGAAAGUAUCUAAUAUUUACUAUAAAUAUGGUCUGCUUUGUUCAACUUAUCCAUGGUUAAUAAUACUUCUUACAUUUACCAUAUUUUCAUUCUGUGUUUACCCAAUUUUUGGUAUUCAUUCGUUCACCAACAACUAUUUACAGAAGUAUGUGACCCCUUUGGAUAAUUUUUAUGUCUACGGUAAACCUGUCAAAGAUACAUCAUCUUCAUACUCAUCCAAUCAUCAUGCUCACCAACAUCCUCACCACCAACCAAACUUGGAACUUCUCAAAGGCCCUCCAAGAUGGUUUCAAUCAGGUGCCCCAUACGCAAUUAUUCAACAGAUAGUUAUCAAGUCUGCUGUUAUCCCAUGGAAGAGCAAUCUUAUACUUAUGGAUGCCAUUCGUGCACCGUUGGCACAAGUUUUCUCUAUUCUUGAAUUUCUAUCAAAUUUUAAAACCGAUCAAGGGUCUAAAUCAGUGAGCUUGAACGACAUAUGCCUUCAAAUUAAUGAACCAAUAAGUUAUUCUGAUAACUCAGCUUCCAAUGUACUUCCAAGAUAUAAUUGCCUUCUUUUCUCUCCUGCCAAUAUUUGGAAGAAUGAUAUAGACAAAUUCCUACAGGAUGCAACGAUUAUUAAAACUAUAUUUAAUACUAAAGAUUUUAGUUACCUGGACUCGGGUAAUCUCAGAGAGAUUCUAUUUGGUGUACCUUGGAUGGAAACUGGGAUUAGACCCUUUUACGUUCGCACUCGACAAAGAACUUUAACUUUCGCUAUUACAAUUGCCUUCUCAGGCUAUAAUAAGAUAUUUUUUGAGAGUUUACAUAAACAACUUCGAGAUAGGUAUCCAGUCAAUCCACUUUGGGAUCAUCAUCACGACAACAAUAAUUCCAGUGGCAUCGACUAUUCGUCCGAUUCACCUCAAGUAGUUACUCAUUUACACUUUCAGAAUACUCUUACCUUUUCCGUCAAUUCCCCUAUUAUAGCUUGUUAUCUCUUGCUGUUUUUUUACAUCUACUUUUCAGUUCGUGCAAUUGAGCUGAUUAAGUGUAAAUGGGCUUUAGCUGCUGGAUCAGUUCUUACUGUGGUGAUGUGUCUUCUAAUGACUCUAGGAAUAUGUUCAUGGUUCGAUUUCAAUCCAACUCUGGAUGGAAGUGAGAUUUUGCCUUAUCUCAUAGUUAUAAUUGGUUUGGAGAAUAUUUUAGUACUCACGCAGUCAGUCAUUGCUACUCCAUCUCAUCUAGACGUUAAAGUUAGAGUAGCUCAAGGGCUAAGUCGUGAAGGAUGGUCUAUGAACAAGAAUCUUAUAACCGAAUUAGGUCUUCUAACCUUUGGCUACUUCACUUUCGUACCUGUUAUCCAAGAAUUUUGUCUGUUUGGAAUGAUGGCAUUACUCUGUGAUUUCUUUCUACAACUUACCAUUUUCAUAACUUUAUUAUCAGUGGACAUUCAAAGAGUUGAGCUUGAUGGAAGCCACAAAAAAGCGAGUCACUCCACAAACGACUCUAAAAAUAAAAUGAAUCGACUAUUUGAAUCUGGAUCUAAUCUCUACGAAUCUGAUGCAGCUCGUUUAAAAAAUGUUAGUUAUUGGCAUAAAUCAAACCCAAUGAAACUUCCAAAGAGACUUAGACUUGUUUAUUUUUGGACACGCACUCGAUUUGUUCACCGAUUCCUAAUGAUGGCGUUGAUUGUUUGGAUUAGUAUUUUACUUUAUAGAUCAGGAGUAGUUGAUCAUUACAAUUUACCUGAUGAUGAGUCAAUAGAUUUUGUUAAGGAAAGCAAAUUAUCAAAAGAGCCUGUUUCACGAGCUCCUCCAAUUGAAGUUGUAUCAGAAACAAAAUCAAAUGAUUUUGAACACUCACAAAAUCGAUUAAAAUAUUCAAACAAGGACCCCCGGGAACUUUUAUCUUCACAUCACUGGUUUACUCUAUUUGGAUUUUACAACAUUUCACUUUCUGGAAAAUAUUUAUCGUUCCUUCCACCCAUUCAUUUGGCAAUACCAGUCGAUCCAACUGAGGCUCAUAAAACCCGCCAUCCGUCCGAAAGUGAUCCUCAAAUAUUUCGACAAUUCUUGUAUCCUGGAAGCAUUCAUGCUUCUUUUGAUCAAAGUGAUGACUGGGACGAAUUUUCUUACGAUGAAUCAAAUGAUAUUCACAAUCGGCCUCAUUGGUCCUCAAGAGAAAUUUUUCUUGCUUUACUACUCUCUACUCCCACUCUAACAUUUAUCAUUUACAUCUUGGUUACAAUGUAUCGAUGUAUGUGUUCUCGGCGUUAUGAUGAAUGGCGCAGUUCUUGGUCAACUCCCAACCAUCCAAAAGGACAGGAUAUAUCGCGUCAUAAAUUGGAAGAUUAUUUUCUUGAAACUAUGAUGGUUAAAAGACAAGCUCAUCAAGUUGAAGUUGAAAUCGUUGAGUGUUCAAAUGAAUCACCAUAUGUUGCUUCAUGUUCAAUGGAAGGUGAUAUACGAGUUUGGGACGUUCUUUCUGGUGAAUGUCAUUUAUUUAUCCAAAGAUCGCUUUUAUCAGAUUUAAUUCAACUCGAAGAGCCCAAAACAUUUAAACCUCAUCAUAAACCAAGCAGUAGUUUCUCCUCUGACUCGACUUAUGGUUCAUCUCCAAGCACGGGCUCUGGGGAGUGUUUAGAGACAAAUUUUUCUCCGUCUAGCUUUGAUCCUUCAUCACUGAGUUACUCUCGUGUUCAUAAAUCGACAGACAAGUCUAAAUGUGGUUAUGAUUUCAAACCCUUUUACUCUCGUUUUAACUCAUCUAAAAAUUUGAUUUCAGAACUGAUAGUUAAUGCAGCUGCAUCUAGUGAUAUUGAUGCUCAUCCAUAUGAGAUAUCUGCUAAUCUUAAACGCGAAUCUACUUUAUCUUUCCAACAAAUUUGGUCUCUUGAUGUAUAUGAAAGAUUUAUUUUGGUUGGCUGUGCUGAAGGACGUUUUGAAAUUUGGGACACGCUUACAGGUCUUAAUCAUUAUAAUCAGGAAUGUAUGGCAGGAAUAACUGUAAUUAAAGCUCGUUCUGGUAAACUGGUAAUUGGAAGAUUAAAUGGUAUAUUAGAAGUGCAUCAAAUUGAGAGUAAUUUUCGAACAGAAAAUAACGGAUGCUAUGUUUUAUCUUCAUCAUCAUCUUCGUCUUCAUCUUCAUUCACAUCUUCAUCGUACAUUAACAAUUCUACUUCAACUCAAUCAUCAGACCCGCAACUUUAUCCUAAGCAAAUGCUCAAUACUCAUCUAAUUCAUUCUAUUCGCGCUCACAGUCAACCAAUUACAGCUCUUCAACUAGAUUCUAGUCAUCUAAUAACAGGAAGUGCUGAUCAUUUAAUUAAAGUUUUCAAAAUGGAAACGGGAUCUUGUAGCUAUACAUUACAUGGGCAUUUCGGUGGUAUCAGCUGCCUAGAAGUUGAUAAGACUACACCAAAUUCAGCUUUAAGUGGUUGUAAAGUUGGUCAGAUUUGUCUUUGGGAUCUUACAACUGGAACAUGUUUAUUUAACUUGGAAGCUCAUACGGAUGCAGCAGUAACUGCUCUUUUGGCUACAAGUUUAUAUGCUAUUAGUUUAGGAACAGAUAAUAAAAUCAAUAUUUGGGACAAAUACUCUGGCCACCUCGUUCAUUCAUUACCAAAUCAACGUUCGUUUUGUAGUGGAAUGGUUCCUUUGAGGUCUAAUAUUCUGAUCACUGCCAAAGAAGAUCAUCUAAUUUUAUGGGAUCUUAGCGAAGCUGUUCCUUUACGUGUUAUCAAUUUAAGCUCUUUUGGAGACAGUAAAAGUUCUUGUAUCAAGAAUUUGCGUAUUGCUAACAACAGUCGAGCCGUUGUUUGUGAUUAUGGAAAGAAUGUUUGUUUUAUCCAUUUUCCUGGUGUUACACAGAAAAGUGAUUAAAGUAAUCUUACUGUCUUAACACGUUGAAAAAGUUCAAAAUCAAAACGAAAGCAAAAUCCCCUAAAGCAAAACUACCAAGUUUGUUAAAAUGCUAUCAUCUUCGUCAGAUUGGAAAAAGUUCAUCUCCAGAUGAAAAAGUACACGACAGUUUUAAUGAUUGAAUAUAGUUCUAUAAUCAAUAACAAUGUAAGUUACAGAAACGAAUUCAAUUAAGACAAUUUCUUCAUACGCAUUAACAUACUGAGAUCAGAGAUGUUCAUGAGAUGAUUGUCUUCGCUGAAUUCGUUUCUGUAAUUAAAAUUAUUGAUUAAUUAAUGAUUGGAUGAUAUUCAUUCUUCAAAAUGUGAAAUGGCUGUAUAAAAAUAUUUAAUAUAAUGUAUUAUUGUAAUCAAAAAUUUUCGUUUCAAUUUAAAUUUUAUGAAACUUCUGAAA